UCCUGUUACUGCUCAGAAAGUUACAUGUCACUUGGAGUGAUAAGGCAGCAAACUGAUAAGUCAUUAACACACUCAGUGACACUAACAUUCAGUGGCAAAAGCCUCAAACAUAGCUGUAAUGCAUUCAAUGUAAUAGCCUUCUCUUACAGCUUUAAAAUGCAGCUAGCCUGCACACCCAUGUGCACUAACUAUGCAAGAACUAGACAUGCCACCGGGUUUGUAGUUCAUUAGACACUGGCAAACAAUGAAAUGAUCAAAAAAUAAAAUAGAGCUUAGAUAACUUACUUAAUGGCAUUAUGAUUUAAAUUAUCAAAGUGCCAAACAUUAAAAAAAACACUUGUAGAAUUUAGAAAACAUACAUAUGCCGCCUUUUCUUGACUGCUUGUGAUUAGAGUGAUGAGAGAAAACAUCUAAAUGAAUCAUUUCUGACUAUUUUCCUCAAAAUCAUAGGCACAUACACCAUCUGCCUUAUUGUAACUGGUUGUGUUUUAGAGAAGUGAGAACUACAGUUAUGUCCAAAGCCGUGGCGAUAAAAGGGAAGUUUUCAGCCAGUUCCAGAUGAAGGUUGUGUGACUCCUGCCUGCGAAAAUGAAUGUUACAGGUUUAACAGUCGAUCAACUGCCGUUUGCAGGUCGAAUGGUUUCCUGCAUGAUCCUGGGCAUGUCCUUAGUGAUUGGUGCUCCAGGAAACCUGCUGGUGAUCUGGACCAUCAUGAGGCAUUUCCGUCAGCGUUCCCACACUGUGAGGCUCAUCUUACACCUUGCUGUUGCUGACCUCCUGGUUCUCAUCACACUGCCUCUCUGGAUCUACUCCCUAGUGCACUCCUGGGUCUUUGGAGAGGCGUCUUGCAAGGCUAUGGUAUACAUCAUCAGUGUCUGCAUGUUCAGCAGCAUCUUCUUUAUCACGCUGAUGAGUGUGGAACGCUUUGUGGCCAUCCAGUACCCUUUUCUGAUGCUGCGUUUGAAGACCACAACAAUUAUGGACAGGUGUCUGGUAGUCGUUUGGCUCCUGGCUUUUGUUUUGGGUGUUCCUGCCUUCCUGACCCAGCAGGUGGAUGAAACUGAUGGGACUCAGCAGUGUCUUUUCAAGGAAUACAGCUCUGUGGCUAUAGAGAUAUUCUGUUUAUGCCUGGAGACUUUGGGAGGUUUUGUUGGUCCUUUCACCAUCCUUCUUAUCUGUUACUGUCGAGUUACUAUGCAGCUCAAGGGUAUGUGCCUCAGGUCCAAACAGAAAUCCAUGUUUCUCAUCAGCAGUGUGAUGAUAGCCUUCACACUGUGCUGGUUGCCUUACCAUAUUAUCAACAUUAUUGAUCUGGUUUGCAUUUUAGCAGAAGGCACAGAGGGUACGGACGCUGGAGAUAGAUGUGUGCCAGAGAUUGCCAUCUUUAUUUCUGGGGCCCUUGCCUUCAUUAGCAGUUCAGUGAACCCUGUUCUUUAUGCCUUCUUUGCUAAGAAUUUUCAAGGGAAUCUCCAGGAGUCCCGGUUGGUCAGGCUGUUCCAGGAAAUAGCCACUCACACAAACAAACUCAGGGAACUGGUAAUACAACAUCAACCUGACCAGGGGGUAACGAGAUCACAGACAGAGCAGAUGUCUGACACUGUGUAAAAAAUGUGUAAAAUUCUGCAACUGAGAAACUGACUGUGAUAGCUGUGAUUGUCCAUUUGUUCAAGUUAACAAGAGAAAUUUAGAGAGGCAAGUGUGUUUUCUCUCAGCUUUACCUCAGUUCUGCUGUUAAUUAAGGCAAAGGCAAUUUGGAUAAACUGCUUUUGAAAACAGAGCCGGAAUGGAUAUAUGAAUUAUUUACACUUGCCCCCUGUGGUCUUAAUCUUGAGUUUGAUUUAAAACCAUUUUUGUAGCAUCCAUUAGUGUGGCAGCAUUUUGUUGUGUCAAAUAAUUGCCACAGUUGUUUUGUAAAUCUCUGAGAGUAGAUGUGAUAUAUUUGUUUGACCCCAUCUUUAAGUGGCUUUUGAUGUUAUUGAGAAUUUGCUCUGAAAGAUGGCUUUUCAUUGUUGUUCUUGUUUUCUGUGCAACUGUAUAGUGGUCCACUGCCAUGUUUUCUAAAUCAGAUAAAAUGUGUUUUGUUCUCUAUUGUAUCUAUUGCUCUGUAUUGAAUCCUACUAUUGUAUCCUACCUAUACUUGACUGUGGUGACGCGGGCUGAUUGGGUGCAUCUGUGUUUUAAGUUGCACAAUCUCUCAUUGUUGCACUGACCCUGACAAAGGG